UCUCCCUAAUACUUAGCCAGGUGGUGGUGCCGCAGACUCCUUCCCAACCCCCUCUUCCGUCAGCGACUCCUGGAACCACGAGUCCGCGCUCCACACCGCCUUGGAACUCCCGAGCUUGUGGCUCAUGGCCCGCGCGACGUUCACCCGCAAGACCCGUCCAAAGAGCUCGGAACCGUCCAUGUUGUACAAUGCUUCAGCCGCAUCAUUCUCAAGUUCAAAAGUGACGAAGGCAAAGCCCCGAUUCGCGUCGUUCGUCUGGCCGGCGAAAUCUCUAGGAAUGUUCACCUCCUUCACGUCCCCGAACGGCACGAACGCGGCGUGCAAUGUCUCCUCGGUGGCCUCCUCGGAGAGGCCGCCGACGUACAGUACUCUUUUGUCCUGCUGGGGGGGCAUGGUUCCGCUCGUGCGUCGUCGUCGCGCGCGAGUAAUCGAUGCUGCAAAGAGCAGCCUGGGCGCGCCUGUUGUGUGCAGCGGCGUCGGCCGCGCCGCUUUGUGGUGGCUAGCGCUUGGAAGGUGGACCCUUCGGCUUGCGUCUGCGCACUGUUUCUCGCUCCGGGCCCGCUGCACGGGCGAGUUAUCGAUGGGAAAAGACGCU